AUGUCUAUCAAUCCUAGUCGGAGGUCAAGCACAGAAGAAGACUAUCGCGAGAUUGUGGAGGCAACCAUCCACGAUCAAUUGCGGGAUGGAAUAGCACAACAAGCGAAGAGUCAAAAGACUAGGAAGAACCAUCGACAUAACAAUCCUGGUGUCCAGGAUACAGAUCUAACGAGAGUAGCCACAAAUUUCUCCCGCGACCUUGGCUUUGCCCCUGAAACUCUUUCCGAUAUCGAUCCUCGUCUUGAUCCUCGGAGCGAAGCCUUCGACUUCAGGUUCUGGUCAACAACAUUUCUACAGCUACUUCGAGAAGAUGGCUUCAAACGUACAAGUGUGGGUGUCGCCUUCACAUCACUCACCGUUUCUGGAACUGCCUCAGGAGUUGAGCUUCAGAAGACUAUCGCAUCUCCAUUCAAAAUGCUCGCAAAUCUUCCCAAUCUUUUUCAGAAGAAAAAUGCAGAACCCACAAAAAUUCUGAACAACUUAAAUGGUGCUGUAAAAAGGGGUGAGAUGCUCCUGGUACUUGGUCGUCCGGGAAGCGGUUGCACAACGUUCUUAAAGUCCAUCACUGGCCAUCUUCAGGGCCUGACAAAAUCUCCAGAGUCCAUUAUCACGUACGACGGAAUAGAUCAAGAAGUCUUCGCCAAGUCUUUUCCAGGAAGGGCGGUCUAUAACCAGGAGGAUGAUGAACAUUUGCCACAUCUUACAGUUGGAGAGACUCUCCAUUUCGCUGCAUCAGCUGCCACUUCUCGCACUCGUAUACAGGGAGUGACUCGAGAAGUACAAGCGAAUCAUAUGGCAGACGUAAUGAUGAGGAUAUUCGGACUCUCUCAUGUCGAUAACACAAAGGUCGGUAAUGACACGAUUCGUGGGGUUAGCGGUGGAGAACGAAAACGUGUGAGUAUCGCUGAAAUGGCCCUUGCUCGAUCGUCAAUUGCGACGUGGGAUAAUGCGACGAGGGGGCUUGAUGCCGCGACUGCCCUUGAAUUCGCCCGUUCCUUGAGAACACUUGCCGAUGUGAUGGGAGUCACACAGGCAAUGGCUAUCUAUCAGGCAAGUCAGAGUAUAUAUGACUUGUUUGACAAAGUCCUCGUUCUUUACGAAGGUCGCCAGAUUUACUUCGGGCCAAUCAGCGCGGCAUCCUCGUUCUUCCAUUCAAUGGGCUGGCAGUGCCCUCCACGACAAACCACGCCGGACUUCUUGACAUCUGUUACAAAUCCGUCGGAACGAAUAGCAAGAGAAGGUUUUGAGAACAGAGUACCGAGGACAGCUCUUGACUUUGAGCGGUAUUGGCUCAACUCUGACGAGUAUAAUGCCUGUAUCGCUGAGCUUUCAGCAGACAAGGAAACAUACACAACUCGAAAUCCACUGAGCGAAGUUCGAGAGGUUCAUCGUCAAAUGCAAGCGAAGCACGCACGAAAGUCUUCGCCAUAUCUUUUGUCGGUUCCGAUGCAAAUCAAGCUCUGCAUGAAGCGAUCUUCGCAGCUUCUUUGGAACGAUCGUAAAUCAACUGUGGUCCUGGCGAUUGGAAGAGUCAUCCUUGGCUUGAUUAUCGGUAGCAUAUAUUAUGGACCUCCAUCUACCACCGCAAGUCUUUCCUCGCGAGGAUCAGUCAUUUUCUUGGCAACCCUGCUCAACGCUCUCAUGGCAGUGACUGAGAUUGGAUCUCUUUUUGGGAAGCGAAAUGUGGUCCGACGCCAGAAAGAGUAUGCGUUUUACCACCCAUUUGCCGAUGCGUACGCAGCAUUCCUGGUCGAUAUUCCACCAAAAUUCGUCAUUUCGACCUUGUUCAAUCUAGUCUUCUACUUCUUGGCCGGACUGCGUCCGGAAGCCGGUCCGUUUUUUGUCUUCUUACUAUUCAGCUUUUUAUGUAUGCUGAUGAUGUCGGCUAUAUUCCGAACCAUUGGAUCUGCCGCCCGGCAACUAGCACUCGCCUAUGCAGUUGCUGGGCUUGGAGUGCUCAUCAUGGUCAUCUACACUGGGUUCACUCUACAGACAACCUACAUGCACCCAUGGUUCCGAUGGAUCAACUAUAUCAACCCUGUCAGCUAUGUUUUCUCUGCAUUAUUGGUCAAUGAAGUCCAUGGAAGGCAAUAUCCUUGUGCGCCACAAAACAUCAUUCCACCUUACUCGAAUGGAGUUUCCAAUUUUGCCUGUGCAGUCAUUGGAGCUAUGCCAGAUCAAGUUGAAGUAUCCGGUGAUUCGUGGGUGCAAACGGGAUAUGGCUACAGUUAUUCAGAUAUCUGGCGGAAUCUGGGGAUUAUAAUUGCUUACAUGGUGGCGUUUCUUGCACUUCACCUGUGGAUCGUUGAAUCCAAAUCAACAGUGACGGCGAGCCCCCAACGACUUAUCUUCCGCAACAGGAAGGCGGCGGAAUCUGUCUGGAAGAGCGGGCAUGAUGUUGAGUCCAGCGCAUCACAACGAUCGAAGGAUUUCAUUGCCGCCGAGGUGACCGUCCAGGAUAAGCUUGAGCUUACAACAAGUGUUAUUGAGGGACAGCAGUCACCCUCGAGCAAUCAGAAACAAGCACGCCGUGAUAUUCAUGGCAGUCUCCUCACUUGGGAAGAUAUGACUCUCGAUAUUGAUAUCCGUGGCACGGAACGUCGUCUUCUCAACAAUGUCUCAGGUUGGGUCAAGCCAGGAACAAUGACGUGUCUCAUGGGCGUAUCGGGUGCUGGUAAAACUACGUUGCUUGAUACUCUUGCCCAGAGACAGAAUACGGUUGGCAAACUGUCCGGAACCAUCCAUGUAGAUGGUUUACCACUGAAGUCAUCAUUCCAAAGGAAGACUGGUUAUGUCCAACAACAGGAUCUACACUUGGCAACCAGUACGGUCCGUGAGGCUUUGAGGUUCUCAGCCCUUCUCCGACAACCUGCGUCAAUAUCCACUCAAGAGAAAUUUGCGUACGUUGAGAAAGUCAUUGAGAUGCUUAAUAUGGAGUGCUUCAGUGAAGCUAUUAUUGGUCAACCUGGUGAGGGUUUGAACAUCGAGCAGAGAAAACUCCUUACCAUUGGUAUCGAGUUAACUGCUAAACCAAAGAUCCUCUUCCUCGACGAACCCACGUCCGGACUCGACUCUCAAAGUUCGUGGACCAUCGUGACCCUCCUUCGAAAGCUUGCUGCCAAUGGACAAGCUAUAUUGGCCACAAUCCAUCAACCCUCGGCUAUACUAUUUCAGCAAUUUGAUUCCAUCCUUCUCCUUGGGAAAGGGGGUAGAACGACAUACUUUGGACCACUUGGGCAAGAUUGCCACACCCUGACCAGCUACUUCGAGGCAGGCGGUGCUCGUGCGUGUGACGAACAGGAAAAUCCUGCAGAGUAUGUUCUGAGCGUAAUUGGGAAUGCUUCCUAUGAUUGGGCUGGCGCCUGGCCUUCCAGCGAUCAUUAUCGAGUCAUGAAGCAAGAUCUGUCCAGUCUUGCGAAUGAUCAUUCUACUGCCCAGUCGGACCCAGACGACGCCUUGGAGUUCGCCGCCCCCUUUACCUCACAGUUCAAGUUUGUCUUGAAGAGAUUGUUUCAAAAUUACUCUCGAAAACCCGAUUAUAUCUUCGCGAAGAUUCAAGCUGGGGCCUUUUCUGCUUUGUUUAUCGGGUUCAGCUUCUUCCUACAGAAUUCCUCUCUCACUGGACUUCAAAACACGGUGUUUUCGAUCUUCAUGCUGAAUGCUACCUUCUCCACCACCACAAAUCAGAUAAUGUCAAACUUCCUCCCACAGCGUUCGCUUUUUGAGGUCCGCGAGGCCCCUUCGAAAAUGUAUAGCUGGUUUGUGUUCCUGUUGGCAAACGUAAUUGUCGAGAUACCUUUCCAGAUCCUGAUAUCUGUCAUUGUCUGGGCUGCCUGGUACUUCCCAGUCUUUGGUAUGCAUCAAACGGGCAGCGAGAUUGGGAUGAUGUUUGCCUUCACUCUUCAAUUCUUCUUGUUUGCGGCCACUUUCGCCCAGAUGCUCAUCUUUACCCUACCGAGCACUGAAACCGCCGGUAGUAUCUCAACAAUCAUGUUUACUCUAACGUUGCAAUUUAAUGGUGUUCUUCAACCACCGUCCGCUCUACCAGGUUUUUGGAUAUUUAUGUAUAGAAUCUCACCGUUCACGUAUCUCAUAGGUGGUUGGGCUGGAACAGGCCUUGCAGAUCGAGCUAUCGUGUGCUCCGAGAAUGAAGUUGCGGUCUUUGACCCUCCUCAAGGCCAAAACUGUGGAACAUAUCUUGAAAGAUACCUAAAGGGAGGAGCCAUGGGCACACUGCUGAACCCGAGUGCUACUGCUUCCUGCGAAUAUUGUCCAGCAAGAAACGCCGAUCAGAUCCUGGCUGCUUCGUGGAUUUAUCCAUCGCAACAGUAUCGUAAUCUAGGCAUUAUGUUUGCCUACAUCGGCUUCAACAUCGCGGCUGGGCUUGCUCUCUACUACGCUUUCCGCGUCAAGAGGUUCUCGAUCAAGAAUCUCUUCCCCAAGAAAGCCAAGAAGGAAAAGCGCGAGGAAGUGUCGACUAGCAAGCCCGAGUCUGACAAAUUCGAGUUUGGGUUGUCUUUGAUCUGGAAUAUCUUGCGCAACACUGUUCGGUAA